CCCCUGACCUGCUCCUUGGGCGACCCUCCCUGGCUGACCGGAAGGGAUGUCCGAACGCCCCAUGGCCCGCCACAGCAAGCUUCAGAAGCAAGUGCUCGGCCUCUACCGCAGCUUCCUGCGGGCCGGCAAGGACAAGCCCGGCUUCCUUCCUCAGAUACGGGCCGAGUUCAGGAAAAAUGCCCAGAUCCCCCGGACGGAUGUCAUGAUUAUAGAGUACCUCGUCCGGCGCGGGCAGCGGCAGCUGGAGCAGCUCAGAGACGCCCACACCAAGCAGAUGGGUGCCUUCGUCAGGACGGAACAGGAGGAAUGAUGAGCCGGGAAUUUUACUUUUUGGAAACGGUUCCCUGGAAUGGUCCUUUCUCCUAGCUGCUGGCAUUGCAGGCGUGGAAUCUGUGGCCUUGCAGAUGUUUCUCCGUGAGCGUGGCCAGUGGUCCAGGGUGAUGGGAGUUGCUGCUUAGCAGCUUAGCAAAUCCAGAAUACAGGAUCUGGGUUGCCCUCUCAGAAAUGACUGAACAGAGCUGCCCACAGUUGCCGCUCGAGGGCGCAGUUGAGAAAUACAUAAUCAUUCUGUUCCCAUCGCAUUUUUAUCCUCCUUCUUAUAGUGGAACUAAAAACACUUGCUCCCAGCAGAUAUAAGAAUGGUUUAAGCAGGUCUGAUUGACGCAGCUCACCUCAAGAGACUCUGGGGUUUGCCGUGUGGAAGUUGGGAAUUCGGUAUUGGAGAUCGUCAACACGCUCACAUGGCGGUUGAACCGGUUUAGGCGCCCUGUGUAGACGCAUUUCAAACCCACUUUCUCAGUUUUUCCUUGCUACCUUGGUUGUUCUGUCUUGGCGGGAAUUUGAAUAAACUAAAUUGCCAAA